UUAUGCGCCAGUGCCCAAGUGACAACGGGAAACAGAGGCGGGAGGGGAGUCUGAGUUGUAGAGUGGGAAUCUAGAGACUCCGAACUUGGCCCGAGAGCCCUUGGACGCCAACCUCUCGCCUAAGGAGCUGCACUCCUCAACUCCGCUCCAAAGCAGAGGCUGAGCUCUACUCCUGCGCCCGGGGCGGUGCUGUGCGCGCGGACCGCUCUAUCUUCAGCAGCCACUUUGAAAGCUCCCGCGCACGCCCCGCGCGCUCACCUGGGGACAACACCCGGGCGAACCGUGUUCCCGUACGUCUUGUUCCCCAGAAGCACCUGCGCAUUCCAGUGGCUGCUGCAGCCGCGAUAACCACCAUGAAUAAGGCCACUGGAGGGGACAAGCUCGCAGAACUCUUCAAUCUGAUCCCGGACCUUCUGGAAGUGGCCAACGCGAGUGGCAACGCGUCGCUGCGGCUUCAGGACUUAUGGUGGGAGCUGGGGCUGGAGUUGCCGGACGGCGCGGCGCCAGGGCAUCCCCCCAGCAGCGGCGGGGCUGCCAGCGCUGACAUCGAGGCCUGGGUGCGGAUCCUCAUCAGCGUCGUGUACUGGGUGGUUUGCGCUCUGGGCUUGGCCGGCAACCUGCUGGUGCUCUACCUGAUGAAGAGCAAGCAGGGCUGGCGCAAGUCCUCCAUCAACCUCUUUGUCACCAACCUGGCGCUGACGGACUUUCAGUUCGUGCUCACCCUGCCCUUCUGGGCAGUGGAGAACGCGCUUGACUUCAAAUGGCCCUUUGGCAAGGCCAUGUGUAAGAUCGUGUCCAUCGUGACGUCCAUGAACAUGUACGCCAGCGUCUUCUUCCUCACUGCCAUGAGUGUGGCACGCUACCACUCGGUGGCUUCGGCUCUUAAGAGCCACUGGACCCAAGGACAGGGCCGGGGGGAAUGCUGCGGCCAGAGGCUGAGGGACAGCUGCUGUUUCUCCGCCAAGGCGCUGUGCGUGUUGAUCUGGGCUUCGGCCACGCUGGCCUCGCUGCCCAAUGCCAUUUUCUCCACCACUGUCAAGGUGAUGGGCGAGGAGCUGUGCCUGGUGCGCUUCCCGGACCAGCUGCUGGGCCACGACAGGCAGUUCUGGCUGGGCCUCUACCACUCGCAGAAGGUGCUGCUAGGCUUCGUGCUGCCGCUGGGCAUCAUCAGCCUGUGCUACCUGCUGUUGGUGCGCUUCAUCUCCGACCGCCGCGUGGUGGGGACCGAAGGCGGGGCCGCAGCAGCCGGGGGAGGCCUGGCAGGAGCCAGCGCCCGCAGACGUUCCAAGGUCACUAAGUCAGUGACCAUCGUGGUCCUAUCCUUCUUCCUGUGUUGGCUGCCCAACCAGGCGCUCACCACCUGGAGCAUCCUCAUCAAGUUCAACGCAGUGCCCUUCAGCCAGGAGUAUUUCCUGUGCCAGGUGUACGCGUUCCCCAUGAGCGUGUGCCUGGCGCACUCCAACAGCUGCCUCAACCCCAUCCUCUAUUGCCUCGUGCGCCGCGAGUUCCGCAAGGCGCUCAAGAGCCUGCUGUGGCGCAUCGCGUCUCCUUCGCUCACUAGCAUGCGUCCCUUCACCGCCACUACCAAGCCGGAGCCCGAGGAUCUGGGGCUGCAGGCCCUGGCGCCGCUCCACGCCACCGCCGAGCCAGACCUGCUCUACUACCCGCCUGGAGUGGUGGUCUACAGUGGGGGGCGCUACGACCUGUUGCCCAGCAGCUCUGCGUACUGACGCGGGCUGAGGCCGAGGGCGAGCUGUCGGGCAAGAUAGCCUUCCCGGGGCGGGGGAAAAA